GAGCUGAGGCCGGUGGCGGGCGCGGGGUGGGCGCGUGCGGGGCCGGGCGAGGCGCGGGGCCGGAGCGGGCGGCAUGGCGGAGAGCGAGGCCGAGACCCCCAGCACGCCGGGCGAGUUCGAGAGCAAGUACUUCGAGUUCCACGGCGUGCGGCUGCCGCCCUUCUGCCGCGGAAAGAUGGAGGAGAUCGCCAACUUCCCCGUGCGGCCCAGCGACGUGUGGAUCGUCACCUACCCCAAGUCCGGCACGAGCUUGCUGCAGGAGGUGGUCUACUUGGUGAGCCAGGGGGCUGAUCCCGAUGAGAUUGGCCUAAUGAACAUUGAUGAGCAGCUGCCAGUCUUGGAGUACCCUCAGCCAGGCCUGGACAUCAUCAAGGAACUGACAUCUCCCCGUCUCAUCAAGAGCCACCUCCCCUACCGCUUCCUGCCUUCUGACCUCCACAAUGGUGAUUCCAAGGUCAUAUACAUGGCUCGAAACCCCAAGGACCUCGUAGUGUCCUAUUACCAGUUCCACCGCUCCCUGCGGACCAUGAGCUACCGAGGCACCUUCCAGGAGUUCUGUCGGAGGUUUAUGAAUGACAAAUUGGGCUAUGGCUCUUGGUUCGAGCACGUGCAGGAGUUCUGGGAGCACCGCAUGGACUCGAAUGUGCUUUUCCUUAAGUAUGAAGACAUGCAUCGGGACCUGGUGACAAUGGUGGAACAGCUGGCUAGAUUCCUGGGGGUGUCCUGUGACAAGGCACAGCUGGAGUCGCUGAUUGAGCACUGCCACCAGCUGGUGGACCAGUGCUGCAAUGCCGAGGCCCUGCCUGUGGGCCGGGGACGAGUCGGGCUAUGGAAGGACAUCUUCACCGUCUCCAUGAACGAGAAGUUCGACCUGGUAUAUAAACAGAAGAUGGGGAAGUGCGACCUCACGUUUGACUUUUACUUUUAAUCACAGCAGCAGCCACAAACUUGCAUGCUCACGGUCCCCAGGCUCUCUGCUCGCUCCCAGUCCCGUAUGCGCUCACUUGUCACUUCUGGACAGACUCUGGCCACCUUGUAAGCCCUGAGGGAGGGAAGGGGCAGCGGGAGAAAGGGUGGAAGUGGGUGAUUUCCCAUGCAGAGCCGCUGUCUCUCCUUUGGAAUCUGAAGUUUCUUCUCUCUCUCUCCCUUUCUCUCUCUCUCUCUCUCUCUCUCUAUCACAUACAUGGAAUAGCAGUUCUGAUGGCCUGUAUCAUAAGUAUAGUCUGUAACAUAUGCAGCUAGAAUGUCUGCCUUUUACAGCCCCCCACAUUAUUUAUUGUAUUUUAUAGAGCUUUUCACUGGAUAUCAAAAUAAAUGUCAGUAAACCAAAUAGAAGUUCAUUUCCAAGGGGACUCUGGAGCGAGCCACACCCAGCUCGGCAGGAAGAUCUCAGGGUCGACUCUUUAUUUUUGUAAUUUGGUACAGCCGCGUAGUCGGUUCUGGAAUGAAGGUGAGGAUGGGGGUGAGCUGGGGGCAGUAGGGCUGGGGAGGGGCUUGUUCAUGCUGAUGGAACCCGGGUCUUUGGAACCUCUCUAAAAUAGAGUGGACACUGCUCACUAGGGUAUUUCUAGAAACAGUGCCCCUCUUUGGGAGACUUGCUGUGGGCACUCCCCGCCACCUGCCACAGAAGAGCCAGCGGGUGACCUGCCUGCCCCCACCCACUGCUCCCGGCCUCCACGGCCAGCAGGUGCCAGGCCAAGGCUGUCACCUGAGGACUGGCCACCGAGCUUGAACGUACAGGCGAUCUUGUCUCCUCCAAAGCAGAACCCUGCUUACACUAGCAAGCGGAUGCCUAACAGUAAAUGUCUCCAAGCCCUGAGUCUCUGACUCCUUUUCAGUUUGUUCCAUCUGUGUCCUCGACUCUCAGCUAUGGGAGAACCACUGCACUCUAGCGCCCUGAUCCACACAGGCUGCAGUGGGCCCCUGCCUCAGCCUGUCUGGCCUGAACUCAGUGUCAGAGGGAAGAGAGGUGCUGUCUUUGUGGCCCUGUCCCCCUGCUUCACUUCCUUACCCCAGGUUUGGAAAGUAGGCCUGGGAGGGAGGGACCAGUCAAGGGCAUCUCCCCACCACAGUGGGACUGGGUGGCAUAGUUGGUGGUCAGAGGGGUGGCUACCCUCAGGGGUCCCUGUUCCGAGUGGCUUCCUGACUGGAUCAGGCAUAGCUGGUAUAAGGGAGGACAGCUGAGAUGGGGCCCCAGUUGGGUGGGGCCCGGGGUGGGGGCGUGACUAUGUGUGGGCCUUGACUGAACCUGUUCUGUGUGUCUGAGGGAGGCUGCUUUCCGUGGGCUUGCUUUUCUAUUUUUCUACCUUACCAACUGUACUGCUGUCACUGAGUGCCUCGCCAUCCCCUUUGCUUGCUUUCAUCUGUAAUAAAGACGUGACCCAGA